AUGCUGGGUGGUGUAGCCGGUCGACACAUGUCGACUAGGCGACGUGGAUCGUCGCCAAUGGUGCGUUUGGUGACAUCAUUGGAGGAAGGACAAAUUCAAGCGAGGGUAUCACCACGACGACGACGUGCUGUCACAACCAGUGAUCAUAAAAGCUGUGCACUUAUACAAACGAGACUGAAAUUAGGCGAUAUUAUGUUGGCAGCAGCCCAAGAAGCAGCACUAGCAGGACAAGGCACCGCGAGUGGGGGUUACUCGGGACGAAAGGGAACCCAUCGCUUAGCUGAUAGAAUGGGUCACCCGAGUAGUAGAAGUGACCCUCCUGGAGGUGGGCCCACUUCAUUAUUUAUCCUCACCGAAGAGAACAUCAUUAGAAGAUACACAAGAUUUAUUAUCGAAUGGCCACCCUUCGAGUACGCUGUACUACUGACAAUCAUUGCGAACUGUGUAGUGCUGGCUCUAGAGGAGCAUUUGCCUCAUGGAGAUAAAACAGUAUUAGCUCAGCAGCUGGAAAGUACAGAGGCCUACUUUUUGUGCAUUUUCUGCGUUGAAGCAUCACUCAAGAUCCUCGCCUUAGGGUUUGUGCUGCACAAAAACUCCUACCUCAGGAAUAUAUGGAACAUUAUGGAUUUUUUUGUUGUAGUAACUGGGUUCAUCACAAUGAUGCCACAAAAAGGGCCCGAAGUAGAUCUCAGAACAUUAAGGGCUAUCCGUGUGCUGCGGCCCUUAAAAUUAGUAUCUGGAAUUCCUAGUUUACAAGUAGUUUUAAAAUCAAUUAUAAAGGCAAUGGCGCCAUUACUUCAAAUUGGACUCUUGGUCUUGUUUGCUAUCGUUAUAUUUGCAAUCAUUGGUCUCGAGUUCUAUUCGGGCGCACUGCACAAGAGCUGUUACAGUUUAGAGGAUAUAAAUGAAAUUGUGAAGGAAGGCGAAUUUGAAACACCGUGCAACACGGACAAUAACACAAUAGCACCGACGGGUUCGUAUGUAUGUAAUUUUACAACCAGCACAUGUGUGGAGAAAUGGGUUGGACCGAAUUUCGGUAUAACUAGCUUCGAUAAUAUCGGCUUUGCUAUGCUGACGGUAUUUCAGUGUAUCACUAUGGAAGGUUGGACGGCAAUACUGUAUUGGACUAACGAUGCAUUAGGCUCAACGUUCAAUUGGGUCUACUUUGUGCCUCUUAUCGUAUUGGGCUCAUUCUUUAUGCUCAAUUUAGUUCUCGGUGUUCUUAGUGGAGAAUUUGCUAAAGAAAGGGAAAAAGUAGAAAAUAGACAAGAAUUUCUAAAGCUUCGCCGUCAGCAACAAUUGGAAAGAGAAUUGAAUGGCUAUGUUGAAUGGAUCUGCAAAGCGGAGGAAGUUAUUCUUGCGGAAGAAAGAACAACUGAAGAGGAGAAAAUGCAUAUAAUGGAAGCUCGACGAAGAGCUGCAGCCAAAAGAAAAAAAUUGAAAAAUUUAGGAAAAUCAAAAUCAACAGACACUGAAGAGGAAGAAGCUGAUGAUGACUGUGCUGAUGAUGAAAUUUAUUUUUUUCCAGUCCUAAAACAAAAGAAAGGAUACCUAAAAUCGAAAGUGAAAUCUCAAGGAAAAUGCAAAGGAUUCUGGCGAGCUGAAAAACGAUUCCGCUUCUGGAUCCGUCAUACAGUCAAAGCACAAUGGUUUUACUGGUUUGUCAUAGUACUGGUGUUUUUCAACACUGUUUGCGUAGCCGUAGAGCAUUAUGAUCAACCGGACUUUCUAACCGAUUUUUUAUACUACGCCGAGUUUGUCUUCCUCGGUCUCUUCAUGAUGGAAAUGUGGAUCAAAAUGUAUGCACUUGGUCCGCGCAUUUAUUUCGAAUCAGCAUUCAAUCGCUUCGAUUGCGUUGUUAUAUGCGGUUCGAUAUUCGAAGUCGUUUGGUCCGCAUUGAAAGAUGGCUCAUUCGGAUUGUCCGUCCUGAGAGCACUACGAUUGCUUCGUAUAUUUAAAGUGACCAAAUAUUGGUCAUCGCUUCGAAACUUAGUCAUAUCGUUGCUGAAUUCGAUGAGAUCGAUCAUUUCGUUGUUGUUCCUACUGUUCUUGUUCAUUCUCAUAUUUGCAUUGCUGGGAAUGCAACUGUUCGGCGGCCAGUUUAACUUCGACGAUGGAACACCGCCGACUAAUUUUAAUACAUUUCCCAUUGCAUUGUUGACGGUGUUCCAAAUAUUGACUGGUGAGGAUUGGAACGAGGUCAUGUAUCAUGGUAUUGAAUCUCAAGGUGGUCAUAAAAAGGGGAUGAUCUAUUCACUAUACUUCAUUGUAUUGGUGUUGUUCGGUAACUACACCUUGCUGAACGUGUUCUUGGCUAUCGCUGUCGACAAUUUAGCUAAUGCUCAAGAAUUGACUGCGGCAGAAGAGGAGCAAGUCGAAGAAGAUAAAGAGAAACAGUUACAGGAAUUAGAGAAAGAAAUGGAAGCAUUGCAAGGGGCUGACGGAACAAUAUCAAAAGUUGAUCUAAAUUCAUCGUCGUCGGUGAAAGGAAGAGGUCGCAAAAGAGACGACGAGAAGAAAGAGGAAGAUGAUGAUGACAUACCCGAUGGACCGAAACCCAUGUUACCAUAUUCGUCCAUGUUCAUUUUGUCGCCAACCAAUCCAAUACGACAAGCUGCCCAUUGGACUGUUAAUCUGCGAUACUUUGAUCUGUUCAUCAUGCUUGUCAUAUUGAUGUCAUCGAUUUCGCUAGCUGCCGAAGAUCCAGUCGAUGACGAUUCCAAAAUGAAUGAAUAUUUGAACUAUUUCGAUUAUGCGUUUACCGGCGUGUUCACGGUCGAAAUGAUACUGAAAGUUGUGGAUUUGGGCAUAAUACUUCAUCCGGGCAGUUAUUUACGCGAAUUCUGGAAUGUGAUGGAUGCGGUGGUUGUGAUUUGUGCGGCUGUAAGCAUAGGAUUUGAUUUGACAAGCGACAGCAAUAGCAAGGGCAGUGUUGGACAAAAUCUAUCCACAAUAAAGUCGUUACGAGUGCUACGAGUGCUGCGUCCAUUGAAAACUAUAAAACGUGUUCCAAAGCUAAAAGCUGUGUUCGACUGUGUCGUUAAUUCACUGAAAAACGUUGUAAAUAUUUUAAUCGUGUACAUAUUAUUCCAAUUUAUUUUUGCUGUAAUCGGCGUUCAACUAUUCAAUGGAAAGUUUUUCUAUUGUACGGACGAAAGCAAACACAGCGCCAUUGAGUGUCAAGGUUCAUUUUUUCUAUUUGAUGGAGAAAGUAGACUACCACAUGAGCAGCCACGUAAAUGGCUAUCACAAAGUUUUCAUUACGAUAAUGUCGCUACAGCAAUGCUAACGUUGUUUGCCGUUCAAACCGGGGAAGGAUGGCCACAAGUGCUACAAAACUCCAUGGCAGCCACAUAUGAGAACAAGGGUCCAAUACAGAAUUUCCGCAUUGAAAUGUCCAUUUUUUAUAUCGUCUACUUCAUAGUGUUUCCAUUCUUCUUCGUUAACAUUUUCGUGGCCUUGAUUAUCAUUACAUUUCAGGAACAAGGCGAAGCAGAAUUACAGGAUGGUGAAAUCGAUAAAAAUCAGAAAUCUUGCAUCGAUUUUACAAUCGGUGCUCGACCGUUGGAACGGUACAUGCCAAGUAAGCGAAACAGUUUCAAAUACAAAGUAUGGCGUAUUGUUGUGUCCACACCGUUUGAAUAUUUCAUCAUGAUGUUGAUUGUGUUCAACACGCUACUUCUAAUGAUGAAGUAUCACAAUCAAGGCGAAGUUUACGAGAAAUCCAUGCGCUACAUCAACAUGGGAUUUACGGGAAUGUUUAGCGUUGAAACUGUACUGAAGAUCAUCGGAUUUGGCGUUAAGAAUUUCUUCAAAGAUCCAUGGAACGUUUUCGAUUUUAUCACGGUCAUUGGAAGUAUUAUUGACGCAAUGGUCUUGGAAAUUGGGGAUGAUAGUAAGAAGCCCGGUGAUGAGGCGAAUACGUUCAAUGUGGGAUUCUUACGUCUGUUCCGCGCCGCACGACUGAUCAAACUGUUGCGCCAGGGCUAUACGAUACGAAUAUUAUUGUGGACAUUUGUGCAGUCAUUCAAAGCGUUGCCGUACGUCUGUCUACUCAUUGCAAUGCUAUUUUUCAUCUACGCAAUCAUUGGGAUGCAGGUGUUUGGCAAUAUUGCACUAUCUCCCGACAAUGCGAUAAGUAGGCAUAACAACUUCCGGUCAUUUGUUCAAGGGCUCAUGUUACUGUUCAGAUGUGCUACAGGCGAGGCGUGGCCGAACAUUAUGUUGGCUUGCCUAAAAGGAAAACCAUGUGAUUCGAAAGCAAAGAAAGGUGACGAAACGUGCGGAUCAUCAAUAGCGUACGCAUACUUCGUGUCAUUCAUUUUCUUUUGUUCAUUUUUGAUGCUAAAUUUAUUCGUCGCUGUCAUUAUGGAUAAUUUCGAUUAUCUGACGAGGGAUUCGAGUAUACUCGGCGCUCAUCAUUUAGACGAAUUCGUUCGAAUUUGGGCCGAGUAUGAUCCAAAUGCAACGGGUAAAAUCCAUUACACAGAAAUGUACGAUAUGCUAAAAAACAUCGAUCCACCUUUGGGAUUUGGCAACAAAUGUCCGAAUCGUCUCGCCUACAAGAAAUUAAUACGAAUGAAUAUGCCAUUGGAUGCUGAUGGCAGAGUUAAUUUUACGACCACUCUGUUUGCACUGAUUAGGGAAAAUUUAAAUAUUAAAAUGAGAUCCGCUGACGAAAUGGAUCAAGCCGACGAAGAGCUGCGUGGUACGAUAACGCACAUAUGGCCAUUUCAAGCAAAGAAAAUGUUAGAUCUGCUGGUUCCACGAAAUGAACAUUUAAACCGGAGUAAUUUAACGGUGGGAAAAAUCUACGCCGGCCUCCUCAUACUGGAGUCAUGGCGUAACACUAGAUUCGGACAGUUGGAAUCGGGAAUACCGGCAAAAGAUGCAAGCAAUAAUAGUCCUACGGCCAGACAGCCGAAACAGUCGUUUUUCAAUUGUUUACUCGAUAUGGCGGCCAUGGAAAAAACAAAUUCAAGAGCUAAUUCCAUGAGUAUUGAUGGUAAUAACGCGGAUGGCGUAAGUUCUCAAACGCAUUUGCUGCAAGGACAUCAGCAGGGCGGUUCUGGAAAUGAUGAACGGUCUAGUUUAUCGACGUUGGCCAGACGCAACACACGUAACCGGUCGUUAAGGAGCAAAAAGGUGAUGUUACAGCCGAUAUUGGAUAUAAAUGAUGUGGAGUCACGGCGUCCGUCGUUGGAAUCAUUAACCGGAGAUGGACAUCUUCAUCCGGGUUAUCCACAUAAUGCCCACCGUCGAUCACCUAGCCUAAGACGAUCAGGAUCACCGUUAGUGAGAACGCCAAGUCCUCGACGACGUGCCCAUCAUCCACAUCACGAUAUUGGAUUUUCUGAUACCGUGUCGAAUGUGGUUGAAAUCGUGAAAGAAGAGCGUGGCAUCCGAAGUCAUCGACAUAUGCCACAUUCACGAUUUCCCCGGGGUUCUUGGUCAGCGUCGACAAGUCCAGCUCGGUCACCAUCGCCCAAUCGGUAUCCACAUGGUGGUGGAAAUCAUCGAAGACGGAAUUACCUGCAAAAUCCAGCAUACGGUACAACAAGUCUAUGUCAAAGGUCACGUUCGCCGAGUCCCGCUCGACUAUUGGAGAUUCGUGAAAGAGAUAGACUUGCUGAUGAAAUGGGUGGUCAUCAUCAGCAUAGUUAUCCAGUUCUAGUAGCACGCAGAGGACAAGGAAGACGAUUACCGCCAACUCCAUGUAAACCAUCGACGUUACAAUUGAAGCCAACUAAUAUUAAUUUCCCGAAACUUAAUGCCAGUCCAACACAUACUCAUCACUCCACACCUCACAGUGUUCACUCGUUGCCACAUUCCCGUGAUUUUGGACGAGAUCACAAAGAUAUGUAUUAUAGUAGCAGAGAUCGUGACCGAGAUCGUGAACGAAUGCGUGAACGGACGCGAGAUUAUGACUUGAGAUAUGAAUACCGAGACCGGGAACGAGAAUUACUCGAACGUGAAUUAGAACGGGAAAGUUUGAUCCAGAGAUUGGAGUACCACGCACCAUUGUCUUUCGAACAGGCGUUAGCUAUGGGACGUACCGGUCGUGUGUUACCAUCGCCAGUUUUGAACGGAUACAAGCCAAAGGGUUUGCAUGCAAGACACUCCGAUUCGGACGAAGAUGAAGAUUGGUGCUAGCAAAGACUAAAUCGACGCAAAGGUCGACGACGUGAACAGAUUUGGGUAUAGCAUUUGGAUUCGGUUCGAUAGUAGUUGGUUUGGUGUUUUCGUUUAAUUUGAAACUAUUAUCAGAGUUGUGGGGCUCCAUUAUUUGACUGGAAAGGACAAAUCAGUUGGUUUCACCAGGUUCAUUCAACCAUGAAAGGUAAAUGUAAAGCUGAGCCGUUUUUUUAGAUCUUCUAAAAACGGAAAUAGUUCGGAAAAGGUCUCAACUUGAUUGUAUGGAAAACCUUCCAAAUAUUUUGCUGUCAGAUCUUUCUUUUAAAACUUUUUCGUACACAAAAUCUUCUACUUCAUUAUUUUAACAAACGGUUUGAUUAACAAUCCCAGCGACCUCAAUCAUCAAAUAUGACAAUAGAAUUUCAGCUGGAGCGGGUAACUUAAUUUCGUCGUCGCUGACGAUGCAGAGAGGUGUCGUUUGUAAAAGGUUUUAAAGAUCUAUCGCCCAUUGUACCCAUACUUUACACUGAAUUAAAGAAAUAAUUAAACGGAAAUGCCAACACUCAUAAACAGACGAAUGUUUAAAUUUUGUAAAUAAUUUUUAAAGGAAGGACGGAAAAAUCUCUAGUUAAUUAAAUGUAGUACAAUCCUCUGUUGAUACGUUAUGAAAAUUGUCAUACCAGUCACAAUGUAAAUUAAUUUAUAAAUUGAGUUGAGCCAGAUCCGGCGUCCGGACAUGUUAAAUAUCGGGAAUGUGUUAUGAAGAAAGAAAAAUCUAGAGUUUUAUCGCAUAAUUAUGUAUAUUGUUUCGUCUUUGUUGAAUUUGUGUCUCGUUUCGGUUAGGUUUAAAUACUCAGAACUUUAUAUUUUAGCAAAUUAACAGUAGAUAACAGGACUGGGCUGAUGUGUACAAUUGGUAUGGUUAAUCCUUCUGGAAAUCUGGUGGAAAAAUCAAGCCAUUUUUCACAGUUAAGUAGAAAUUCAAAGUUGAAAGGUUUUCGUGCGAACAUAAGGUAGUUGAUCUGUGGCGAACCCGUGUUAUGUACAAUACUGUACAAACGAAUUAUAACCCAAAAAAGUUCUAUACAUACCUAUGGUGGAAAAGCUAUGGCCGAUUCCAGAUAAAAGUUGACAAAUAUUUUCAAUUUGACAUUUCAAUAAUUCUGUCAAAAUGAUGUAAACAUAUGGUAGUGACGUCACACAUUAUUUAUAUUUUGUUUACAUUCUGACAGGUUCCUUUAAUCAAGCAGUCAAUGUGUCUAUGAUAAACUGAAACCGAAUCUUUAGUAGAUGCAAAUAUUUUGUGCAGCAGUUUUCAUCCAAUUGAGGCAUUCCGUAAACAUUCCACGUUCAACAUUACAACAUUUGAAUGAAACGUUCCGCGAUUCAAGAUUCACUGAAACGUUCCACGAUCCACUGAAACGUUUCACGUUCAACUGAAACGUUCCACGAUCCACUGAAACGUUCCACUUUCAACUGAAGUGUUCCACGUUCAACUGAAACGUUUCACGUUCAACUGAAACGUUUCACGUUCAAUUGAAACGUUUCACGUUCAACUGAAACGUUUCACGUUCAACUGAAACGUUUCACGUUCAACUGAAACGUUUCACGUUCAACUGAAACGUUUCACGUUCAACUGAAACGUUUCACGUUCAACUGAAACGUUUCACGUUCAACUGAAACGUUUCACGUUCAACUGAAACGUUUCACGUUCAACUGAAACGUUUCACGUUCAACUGAAACGUUUCACGUUCAACUGAAACGUUUCACGUUCAACUGAAACGUUUCACGUUCAACUGAAACCUUUCAACUGAGACGUUUCACGUUCUAUACUGAAACGUUCCACCAUCCAAUGAAACGUCACAGGAUCCACUGAAACGUUCCACCAUCCAAUGAAACGUCACAGGAUCCACUGAAACGUUGCACGAUCCACUGAAAAGUUUCACGAUCCACUGAAACGUUCUACGAUCCACUGAAAGGUUCCACGAUCCACUGAAAGGUUCCACAAUCCACUGAAAGGUUCCACGUUCCGAUUAAACGUUCCAUGUUUAUAUUAAACGUUUUUAUGAAGAAAAAAAUUCUAUGUCUGAAACAUAUGGAAUAGAUCCGAGGCGAAGCCGAGCCCAAUAACCACACAAAAUUCGAUAAAAAGAAAGAUUUUCGAUCCGCAAGCAUUUACGUAAAAGUGUUAGCGUUCUUUCACAUUUUGCGGUCGAAACAUACAUAGCUAUGCUGCCUACAAAAUAUGUAGUACAAAUACUGAAUGUUUAGUGAACAAAAUCUAGCUACCCAAUUCACACAGCCCAUGCCAGAUCAGUAGAUAAAAUGACAAAAUCGUGAAGAGAAUAAUCAAAUGAAAAUAGUAAAUUUGUUUUGAUAUAAAUUUUAUUAUUGGAUUAUUGCAACACGAACGGAGAGAAAUUGAAAAGAUUUUUUUUUUCUUAUUUUAUGUACAAAUUGAAGAUAAUAUAUUUACAGACAAAUAUAUAUAUAAAUAGUGACACCCUAUAAUGGAAUCGAGUAAUAUGUUUUUCUAUUUAAACAUUUUUAUUAAAAAAUAAAUUUAAAAAAAUCACAAAAAAAAGAAAUUUAUUGUAAAGUUAAGAAGAGACGACGAAAAAAAUCGUCAACAACUAGCCCGAUUUUACUAAUUUUUUUUGAAUAUAUAGAUUUCAGCGUAUAUUAAAGGAUGAAUAUAAAGAAAAACCUGCCUUCGAUCAUUAAAAAAAAAUAUUUAAAUGAAAAAAAGUUUAAAAAAAGUUAGAAUUAAAGUAAACGAACUCGUUACAAAACAAUUUAUAUAAAAAAAACAACAGAGAAUUUUGAAAUCUUGUACUGUACAUAUAGAACAAAAAACAAUUUAAUUAAUGACAAAAAUAUAACAAAGAAAAAACCCUGUAAACUCACACUCCCUCGAAACUUUAUUCACAGUAAAAAUAAUAAAAUAAAAUCGUCUAGCAAAUUUCAUAAAAAAAUAAAUAAAUUUUUAAAUAAAAAUGUAAAAAAAAAAUCUUGAUAAAUGAAGAACGAGAAGAAAUUCUCAUUUUUUGACUAAAAAAAAAACUAAAAAAAAGACAACAGAAACUCUUAGAUAAAGAAUAUAUAAAAAAACAAAAUUGUAAACUGAAACUUAAUAGUUAAGGAAUGUUAUGUGAAUGCAUGUGAUAAACCAAAGUAAAAAAAACCCAAAUAAUCUUGAGAACGAGUGAAUUAAUAUAAUGAAUCAAAUAUGAGCUUUUUCAAUUGACUUGUUUUUCGAUAAGUAAAUUGUGCGCGUAAUUAUGCUUUUAAUUAGUAUACAACCAAAGCAGUGCGGAAAAGACACAACUGCAUGAUUCAAUUCAAAAAAAUGAGUUCAAGUUUUUAUUUAUUAAAAGAAAUUAAACAAUUAGACCAAUGAAUUGUCACUUCGGGACGCUUACGCCAAUCGCUAUUGUGUUAUAAGCAAAAGCAAAUUAAUUCGACCAACAAAAACAAAAAGACUUUUAAAGCUAAAGUUUCCGUUCUUUGUUCAAACUAUCGCGAUCUGUCUGAUUAAUAUGCAAUUGAUUUGCUCUUUUCGUGAAUAUAUUUCGUGCAACAUUUAGAUUAGGCGCUUUCGGCCCUGGCUUACAUGCACUCUGCACCUUUUUCUACAUUGAAAAAAAAGUGGAGCAUUUGUUAAAAUGUGUCCUUUUUGUGCCAAGUGUGCUACUUUCCACUUAUUUUUUUUGGUUUUUAAUAGAUUUCAACUUAGGAGACAUUAAAAAGAAAUUCUAAAAAAUUAACUUCUAUCAUUGGAAUUAAUAUAAAUGAUGUAUCGUUUAGGACUACAACAGUUGACUAUACACCGCAAUGAGACUAAAGUAAAUUUUUACAUAUCUCGUAAUAAGACCCGCAAAGGUUUUGAAUUAAUUAAUUAGGAUCGUUCCUUUAACCUUCGAUUCAAAGGGAACGGUAGGGAGUCUUCAUGAAAAUUGUAUCGUUUUCCAUAGUCGAUGUUUGCACUGCGAGGAAACUAAGGCAUAUGUGGUUAUUCCAUAAAAUUGCAUGAGCUAACAUCUGCUGUCUUGUUUUGACAGACUUAUUGAUAAGUCUCGUUAGAGAAAUGGUUCUCUGGCUUGACUAUGUUAUUUUACAUGGUUUGUUACCCAUGUCUGUAUCACAUCAGUGUGUCAGCUUUUGAUUAUUUUUUGUGAGUUUCUUUCGACGCAAUCUGGAUAAAUUUGAAAACUUUUCUCACAUUCGCAUUCGACGAAAAUGUAAAUACAUUUUUCUGUGAUAUGAAACAAACCAAAAAAAAAGAAAAAAAAUAAAAGAAGAAGAAAAUGAAAUUUAGAAGAAGAUGCAAUUUUUAUCAAUUUAUAUAAACCAAAUUUCAUGUGAAUAAAUAUAGAAGACUAUUAUCAUUGAUAGAUGGCGCGAGUUUAAACCAUUGAUCUAUAUACAUACAAAAAGAAAAGAAAGGAAAAACUCAAAGACGAAAAACUAAAAAAUUGACAAAAUCCUAAAUUGAAUGUCGUAACUCGUGAAUAUAAAAUUUAAUAAAUAAAAACUCAUGUACACAUUUCUGUUAAAUUGUAUUAAGCAUUAACUGUAAACGUUUUUUCUCGAACAGAAAUUCUUAUCAUAGACCGAAAAAAAGAGACAAAAGUUACAAGAAUAUUACAUUCACCAGAACUCUCGGAACCAUGUUACUAUUUAUCAUGAAGAAGAAAACGAACUGAAUGGGAACCGUACAGCAGAAGUUUCCUAUUUCAAUUGAACCUUUUACAGACGGCAAGCAUACAAACAGUUACCCACUGUUAUACCUGCUUCUUCCACUAUUCUCCUUUACUUGACCCAACAGUACCGAGCUUACAACAUUCCAAUAAUUAACAAAAAUUUCAAGAAUUGUUUUUUUAUUCGAAGAAUUGAUUGUACCAACCACAUGUCUGGUUUUUGUAAUUCCUAAAAUCACUAAAACGUCAUGUAAAAUGAUCGUCAUAACGACCGGACUGUAAUGUAGAAUUCGCAGGCUCAAGUUCGAAGGUACUUCACAGACAUACCAACCAGGGCCUAUUUUUGGAAAUUUUUUCCAAAAUUUUAAAAAAUUGCCAAUAAUUUCCAAAAAAAACUGCGAACGUCCAAAAUCUGAAUUUUUCCAUAAUUUCGACCGUCUUUGGCAACUCCUGAGCUCAGCCUUGUGUUUUGGUCGGCUCUCAAUGAUUUUGUUUGAUAAUUGACGCUCGACUUCAUUUGUAAGCUGAUAGUGUCAAGAAUCAAACAAAAUCAUUGAAAUGAUGGAAAAAUUCAGUUUUCGGACGUUCUCAGUUUUUGGAAAUUUUUGGCAUUUUUUUUAGAAAUUUUAGAAAAAAUGUACAAAAAAAAUCAAAAAAUAGGCCUUGGUACCAACAGUAUUGGUAGAAAAGAACAUUUUUCGACAGAUUGAAAUCUUUUACUUCAUUUUAAUAUAUAUUUUCUUAUGUAAACCGGCAUGCUGCUUUGACUGCAGCUCUCUCAUCUGUCGUUAAUACACGUUACCACGUUUAGAGCACGUGACCCUUCAGAGACUAGAUGUGAUAUUGUGUUCCGAAAUGAUUGGUUGAUUCUACAUGGUAUGAGUGUAAUGCCAUAGACCAUUCAACGAAUUUAGAAUUUUCAAAUUUGCCAUUUCGUAAGUGGCAUAUUUUAUUAAUAUGGCUCUGUUGUAGUUUUCAGUGAAAAACUUUCCGAAACAACCGCAUUCAGUUAUGAUGACAAGGAUGGUGCUUUUGUAGCCGCCAGGGUAGACUAGUACCCCAUUUAUUAUUACAAAUUCAGUAAGACAGUCUCCAUCUCUGUUGCGUUAUCUGUUUCAUGAUAAAAUGGUUAUUCGAAUGAUCCGGUUGCAAUGGAAAAAGUCGAAUGCGAUUAAUAAUGCCCAUCCAAUAAGCAACAUUUUGAUACAAAAAUAAAUAAAUAAUUCUACAUAUUGAAAACUCUAACUCAAUAAACAAGCAACAACAGUCCAACAGUGUUUUCUUUUCGUUACUUUUUUAUUAACAAUAAAUAGAUAAGACAACACUCACAUAAUAAAUCUAAAAUUUGAAAUUAAAAGUAAAAAAAAUCAAUAAAAAAAGUCAUAGAACGUUCUACCCCAUCUCGAAUUAUAAAAUGGAAAUUUUUUAAUUAUAACAAGUCAUGUGCUUACAGAUUGUUGUAUCCUAUAGAUAAUACUCGUUCGUGCGUAUCGAUUAUUUUUUUCUUGUAAUAAUUAACAUAUCCAAUCCACCAUCAAUUUGUGAAAUGAGAAAUUACCUAACAUUUUUUUUGGAUACUCUUGUAAACGAAAUAGUUAAACAAAUGAAAUAGAUUUUAAAAAAAUGGGAUCUCUAUAUUCGUCCCCCAAACAAUUUUACUUCGACAAUAUAAAUUUAUGAAACGAUGUUCUAUACAAGACAAGAAAAAAGAAACGACAACCCUAUAUAACACAAACAUUUAUACAAUUCCACAAUUUCGACUUUAUAUAAUGAAAUAAUUGAAAGAAAAAUGAAAAUUAGUCUCGUUUUCAUUCUAAUUGCAGUCAGACGUUUUUCGAAAAUAUAAUCAACUUUUACUGAUAUAAUAACAGCAUUCACUUCACUCAUAUAAAUAAAAAACGUUAAAAAAAUUU